CCCUGCCGCUCGCCGGGAGGCUCCGCGGGGCGGAAGGUCUCAGCGCCGCCCGAACGAAGGCUGCGCGCCGCCGCUUCAGCGCACGGACCGGCCGCCGGCACGGGCAGCGCCGACUGCUCCGCGCCUCAGCGCCCGCCCCCAAAACAUUGCGCGGCCGCCCGCCCGACAGCGGCGCCCCCUCGCCGCUGGGCGCAUGCGCAGAAGCAGGUCCACGCGCUCCAUCGGCACCGCCCACCGGCCCCGCGACCAAUCGGAAGGCGGCUGGGUGCGGCCUCCGGAGGGAUCGCCCCGCCCGCCUGGCCGCUUAUUUGCGUAACACGAGGCGGGGGCGGAGGACUACACUUCCCAGCAUGCCUCACGACGCAGUAGGAGGUGCGAUGCGGAGCGUGGCGGCGCAGCGGAUGCCGGGAUUUGUAGUCUUCUCCCCAGGAGUGAUGCUGAGCGUGUCGCGUUCAGGACGCCAAGCCUCUGCUCGUCACAGCUAUCUUUAUCUGAGUGCGUAGCAAUCGGCCGAUUAAUUUCUAAGCCUCUCAUUAGCGCAAGAACCAAGGAGAGAAUAAUCGCGUUGCUCAGCAACGGCGGCAAACAAUCGCCGCCAUCUUUUCUCCUGCGCGGGUAGUUCUGCGCCAACGCUGGCGCCGCCGAGCCGCACGAAGGAGAGCGCGCGAAGAACUCCAGCUCCCGUCAGCCCCCGCGCCCCUCAGCAACCGCGGCGCUGCGGCGGCUGGGGCGGAGGAGCGGGUGAAAUGGUGAAUGUGCGGUGAGGCGCUCGCUGGGGCUGGGAUUGCUUCGCUGUGGUGACUUCGGUCAAGCGGCAAUCUCGGUCUUUGUAGGCGAGGAGCGAAUAUAAAACCUGAAAGAAUCUCUCAGAUCAGUCUGUGGUCAGGCUUAGUGCAUGCAGUUGCUUUCCGAGUAUCUCCAGGCUGUGCUGCAAAGUAUGGCCACUUCGGGUUCCUCCUUUAACAGGAGUUCUGGAUCAGGAUUCUCCAUGGUGAAGAUGGUCAGCCAUGGAAAACAUAUCACAAUAAUAAUCCAACAGCUUAAUAAAUUUAACCCAGAAAAUCAGAGCGUGGAGGAUUUCUUGAAUGAAUCAGCUAAGAUGUUGCAGACUCUUAAUGUGGCAGAAGAAAAAUUUGUAUUGGAAACACUAGCUGGAUGCAUAGAAUAUAAAUCCUUACUGGAUGUAGUAGUCAAUGCCUUUUUUGCUCGCGAUGGGAGGCACUGUCUGAUUUCUGAGCGUAAUCUCUACAUAGUUAUUUGCUAUUUGGCAACUUUUCAACUCGAAGAGCUUGGUCUUCAGAACUUCAGCAGAAUUGUGAAAUCUCUAGACACUGUAAAAAUGCAUAAGUUUCUUAGAUUCUUCUUCAAUGCCUUGUAUUUGAACACAUGGAUAAAAGAUGAAUGGAGUCAGCUGUACGAUUCACUGUAUGUAAAAGAGAACUGGAUCGAUCCCCUGCUGAGAUGGCAGCCUAAAGUACAGCAGCUGAUAGAACAACUUGCGGAUAAGUUAAGCAGUCGUACUACCGACGUCAAAAUGUCAACGGUCACUCAGCCAAAGGAAUUUAAUUUGACUGUUCCCAAGCCACGUGCCAUUCCUGUACCUCUGCCAGUACCAGUGCUGGAAAAAAGUCCCCCUGUUCCUCCAAGCACCUACAAGCCUCCAAAGGAAAAAAAGCAACUAGAGAAAAUCAAAACAAAAAAUCGCCAAAAAGCAGAAGAUCUGCUUCUGAAAGCAAACACUAACCAGUUCAGAUGUGCAGCCAUGAAACCUGAAAAAGCAGAGUUUGAACUGCAGAACACACAGGACAAUAUGAAGAGCAGGCCAGCAUUCCAGGCUCAGAAGAUCCAAAGCAGGAUCGACAAUUUACCUAUUAAAUUAAAUGCAGCAGCUAUUUUAAGAGAGGGUGCCCUCUAUCAGCGAAAAAUGGAACAGGAGCUCCAGAGAAUUGAAAAUCUGCUACGAGGGACUGGAGACCCAUCUGAAUUCUUGGAAUGGCAAAAGCAGAUGCGUGGAAAAGAUUUGGAAGAGCAGCUGGCUGAAAUAGAGUAUAGAAGGCUUCAAGGGAAACUGAGUCACGAAGAGGCAGUUCUAGCCCAUCAGAAUGUAAUUCAAGAAAAUAAGAAGAAAGCUGAUCUAAUGAGAGAAGAGAAAGCAGAGCUGAUGCAUGAAUAUGCAGAGAGAUGUCUACAGGAACAGAAAGAAAUGAGAGAGCUGGUGGAGAAGGUCGUGGAAGGACACAAGAAUGCAAAGCAAGCAAAACUAAAGCUUCAGAAAUACAAACAGCAGAUAGUUCAGGAAGUUUGUGAAGAAAAUCGAGAACUACUUCGGCAAGCUUUAGAGGAAGAGGAAGAGAAACUUAAGAAAAAAUAUGAAUUAAUUCAACAAAUACGAGCCAUUGAAUCUUUACCAAUCCUUAAACAGAAGUUUGUUGACUUAACUGAGACUGGUGGCCAUGGUUUAAUUUGUGAAAUGUCAAUAGUGGAACUACGUGAACGCCUCGCUCUACUUAGAGAAGCACAGAAGGCAGCAGAGGAAGAGAAGAGAGACCAGAUAAUUCAAGAUAAACAAGCUAAGGAACAACUUCUUCUAGAUAAACUGGACCAGAUUUCCAUUUUCAGAGCAGAACUUGGACGAGCAGCUGCAUUAAAGCAAGAAGAAAAGAAAAGAAAGUCCCAGUCUGGCGAAAGGCAAAUGAAAGAUGAACGCAUUUUAAAUCUGCAGAGAAAAAUUGCAGAGAAAGCAAUGGAGCGUAAAAAGCAAGCAGGACUCUUGAAGAUUACCCCCCAGAAAGCCACCACUGCAAGAAAGGACUCUUUGCAGUGGAGCCGUUGGAAAGAACUGGAAGAGAGUCGGGAAAGGCGGUUCAAGACUCUUCAGUACGGCUUCAUGGCCAGAGAAACAGACCAGAAAAUGGCUGCCUACGAGGCAGCAAGAAGCGGAGCCACAGCUUGUAUACUGCGCUCCCAAGUAAAAUAAAGUACACUUGGAACAAAGCCAGGCCUGCUGGAAAUCUCCCAGUGCAACUAUUUACUACAAGGUUGAUUUGUAAUCUUUAUUUGAUCUUUACCAUUUUAACAGCAAAACUUGGGUCAUUCAGACAUAGUAGAAUUGAAACGUGUUAAUUUUUUAUAAUGGAAUUCUAUUUUUUAGCUGUAAUGAUGUAUUUUUUUCCUAUUAGGAUGAAAAGCUGUAAGAAACCCAAAUGGCCAGUGUCUGGGUACGAGUGCUGAGGUCUAUAUUACUGUUAUCACUGUAUACUGUGCCAUGAGUUGCUGUGUUCAUUUUCCUAAAGAAUAAAAAUGAGGGGGGCGGAAAAAGCAAUAUUUGUUUACAUCAGCAUUUUGUCAGCAGCCGAGUUCCUAACACAUCAUCUUACACAACAGUAACUAUGUGUAACAGGAUCACCAGUUUCAACACUGGUUUUAGAGGGUGAAAGAAAAUUGUUUGGAAGGUUGAGAUGACACCAUAGCCUACAGCUGCCACAGGCUGCAUUCAGCAACCCAAGAGACCAUCCCUCUAUUUGCAGUCUUCUCAGUCUUUAAACAGUAUAAGGAGGACAUAGCAUUGUUGGAUCUCUUUAGCAAGCUGCUUGCAGGAAAUUCUGUUACU